AUGUCAAAGCCAGUUGUUUUAAGAUUAGGUCAGGUUAAGUACGCUCAAAAGGCAUGGGAAGAGCUUUCAAAGAUUGCACAAGUUAUUCCAAUUGACCCAUCCCUCACAAGAGCUCAAUUCUUAGAUCAAUGUCAGGAUCCGGAAUCACCAAUUUCUAAGGCUCAAAUCUUAACCAGAACGUUCCCAAGUGUUAAGAACACUGGAAGAUUUGAUGCUGAAUUGGCUAAGGCAUUGCCGGAAUCCGUUGUUGCUAUUUGUCACAAUGGUGCCGGUUACGAUCAAAUUGACCCUACGCCAUUUGGUCAACGUCACAUCCAAAUUUCCAACGUUCCAGAGUUGGUCAACAAUUCUACUGCCGAUACUCACGUUUUCCUAUUGCUAGGCGCAUUAAGAAACUUCGAGUACGGUCAUCGUUUGAUGGAAGAAGGUAAAUGGCCAUCCGGUGGCGCUGCCGCUGGUGCACCAGUUGGUCACGACCCCGAGGGUAAAGUUGUUGGUGUCUUGGGUCUAGGAGGUAUUGGCCGUGCCAUUAUUGAGAGGUUGAAGCCAUUUGGUUUCAAGAAGUUCAUCUAUCACAACAGAAAUAGAUUAUCCAGUGAUUUGGAGAACGGUUGUGAAUACGUUUCCUUUGAAGAGUUGUUGUCUCAAUCUGAUGUUAUUUCCAUUAAUAUUCCAUUGAACGCAGCCACCAGACACAUGAUAGACAAAGAAGCCAUCUCAAAAAUGAAGGAUGGUGUUGUUAUCGUUAACACUGCUCGUGGUGCUGUUAUCGACGAACCUGCUUUGAUUUCUGCUUUGAAGUCAGGUAAAGUGAGAUCUGCUGGUUUGGAUGUCUAUGAAAAUGAACCACAAGUGCCACAAGAGUUAUUGGAUUUGCCAAACUUCAUUGGUGUGCCACACAUGGGUACUCACACCGUUGAAACCAUUCAAAAGAUGGAAGAAUUCGUUGUUGAAAACGUUAAAUCCGUUAUCAACACUGGCAAGGUUUUGACCGUUAUCCCUGAAUUGAAGAAGGAAGGUUGGAUCAACGAAGCUAAGCCAUUGGUAUAG